AUGGCGCCUGCUGCAGGGUCUUGGGUUCCCUCCCUGUGGAGGCUGUGCAAUUUGCUCAUGACUGCCUUCUUCGCGCUUGCGGCCUUCGUGCAGGUAAAUGAUCCAGAUGCAGAGCUGUGGAUGAUGGUGUACACAAUUCCUGCUGGACUGACCCUGCUUGUUGGACUUUACCCCCAUGUCACAGGUAACUGUGUUUGGAAGAGCAUCGCAGCCAUGCUCAUUUUAUUUUGUACCGUGUGGGCUCUUGGCUUAGGAUAUUACCUCUUGCUUCAUGCGCACGAAAACAUCUUACACGAGGAAGAAGGCAGGGAGCUGCUUGGUCUGCUGAUUAUAGCUGCCUGGAUGAGCCUAUGCCAUAGUUCAUCAAGGAAUCCAGCUGGCGGAAGAAUUCAAUUGGCUGUUGCCAUUAUAAUUUCCCUUUUGCCAUUCCUCUCCUGGAUCUACAUCUAUAUCAACAAAGAGAUGCGGUCUUCCUGGCCAACUCACUGCAAGACAGUAAUUUAA